AUGUCAAGAUUAUCUUGGAUGACAAAUUUAAAGAUUUCUGACGAUGAAUUACAAUCCUCCUAUCGUCGCUCUUCUAUCAUUGGGACCAUUGGCCCAAAGACAAACUCUGUCGAAAUGAUCACAAAGUUGAGAAAAGCGGGUUUAAAUAUUGUUAGAAUGAAUUUUUCUCAUGGUUCUUAUGACUACCAUGCAAGUGUGAUAAACAAUGCAAGAAAAUCAGAACAAAUAUUCCCUGGAAGACCAUUGGGUAUUGCUUUAGAUACAAAAGGUCCUGAAAUUAGAAGUGGUACAACUUUAGAUGACAAAGAAUACCCUAUUCCUCCUAAUCAUGAAAUGAUCUUUACAACUAACGACGAUUAUAUAUAUUCUUCAGAUGACAAAACCAUGUAUAUUGAUUAUAAAAAUAUCACAAAGGUCAUCAAGCCCGGGAAAAUCAUUUAUGUCGAUGAUGGUGUAUUAUCUUUUGAAGUAUUAGAAGUUUUGGACAAUCAAAAUUUAAAAGUCAUUUCAAUCAACGCUGGUAAAAUUUGCUCUCAUAAAGGUAUCAAUUUGCCUGGAACAGACGUCGACUUACCUGCCUUAUCUGAAAAGGACAAACAGGAUUUGAGAUUUGGUGUUGAUAAUAACGUCCACAUGGUCUUUGCCUCUUUCAUUAGAACUGCCCAGGAUGUUUUAGAUAUUAGAGAUGUUUUAGGUCAAGACGGUAAAAAUAUUCAAAUCAUCGUUAAAAUAGAAUCUCAACAAGGUGUCGACAACUUUGAUGAAAUUUUAAAAGUAACUGAUGGUGUCAUGGUUGCAAGAGGUGAUUUAGGUAUUGAAAUCCCUGCUCCUGAAGUCUUUUUGGUUCAAAAAAAACUAAUAGCGAAAUGCAAUUUGGCUGGAAAACCCGUCAUUUGCGCUACUCAAAUGUUGGAAUCAAUGACCUAUAACCCAAGACCAACAAGAGCUGAGGUCUCUGAUGUCGCUAAUGCUAUUUUAGAUGGUGCCGAUUGUGUCAUGUUAUCCGGUGAAACUGCAAAAGGUAACUAUCCAAUUGAGGCUGUCACAAUGAUGCAUAACACUGCCUUAUUAGCUGAACAAACAAUUCCUUAUCCAGCCUUGUUUAACGAUAUUAGAGAUGAAACAAAAAAACCAACAGAAACUGUCGAAACAAUUGCUUGUGCUGCUGUUGCCGCUUCUUAUGAACAAAACGCAAAAGCUAUUGUUGUUUUAUCAACAUCUGGUACAACUGCAAGACUAGUAUCCAAAUACAGACCUAUUUGCCCAAUCAUUAUGAUUACAAGAAACCCCAAAUCCGCAAGAUAUGCUCAUUUGUAUAGAGGUGUUUAUCCAUUCGUCUAUUCUGAAGAUAGAUUAGAUGAUUGGCAAUCUGAUGUUGAAUUAAGAUUGCAAACUGCCAUCGCUGAUGCUGCUAUGCUAAAAAUUAUUAAAAAGGGUGAUACCAUAAUUGCAAUUCAAGGUUGGACUAGAGGUCUUGGUCAUUCAAACACAAUGAGAAUUUUAUCUGCCUAA